AUGACCGGGAACUCCUCCAAGGUCGGCACCCGCGGACUUUACGCGAUCGGGGACCAGACGAAUUCUCCUCGGUCCGAAGCCAUGGAAGCGAAGCGAAACAGAGACCACCCUCCUCUAUCCAGCCGCAGAGGUAGUCGGCAUUUGAAAGAACAGUACUUGGCCAAGAAUGGCUCGACGCUCACGGACGAAGACUUAGCUAAGCUUGACCCUACUGCUCCAGCGAAGAUGCACGGCCAUAAGCCGUCUCGCGGUGCAAUAAUCGAUGCCGAGCUUCGUGCUGAGGACGAGGAGCGUCUGCGUCAAAAAGGUUACAAGUAA